AUGAUUAGCAGACGAAAAUUUGAUGAAAAUCGAAAUACUUUCAGUAUUGAACUACUUUCAUCAUUGCUGAAUUCCGAACCACGUUAUUAUUCGGUUGGACAUUGUAAUCCAUCAUUACCGGUGAGCAGUGAUAAAUCGAACUGGUGUGAUAGUGUGGAAUUUCAAAACUUAUCUAGAUUAUUUGGAUCACAUUCAUCAUCUCAACUACCAUCGCCCUUUGAAGAAGACUGUCAACAAUUGACUAUCGGUCAAUGCUCAAACGAUAACACUCCAACGGUUAGCUUUGUCGUAUCCUUUUUUUUUCUUAGUAGCAUAUAG